AUGGAUACAACGCCAGACCUUGGCGACGUUCGGGAAUGGGAUGAUCUCAUCAUUCUUGUUGGGGGACUUCUCCAGCAGCUCAACGCCGUCAAGCUCAAGCUGGAAUGUGACCGAGGCCGACCUGAAAGUCUCGGACCGACAGGUUCCCAAUCACCGGAUGACCUUCCGAAGAAUUUCAACAACGAGGAUACCCAGCUGGAAAUUAUCUUUGGCUCCUUGGACACUGUCAUUGAAAAAACAUCCAAGCUGAGAGCCUCGUACCGGUCAUCCAGAGAGACUACAUGUAUCAUGGCGUCAGAAGAAUGGGAAACAACCCGGUCAACCCGUGAGCGCUCAUCUGCAGAAGAAGCCUUGAAUUUAACCGAAUCUAUUCAAGCGAUACCUACGCCUGUUACCGCUGGCAAGUAUGCCUCGCCUCCAACAAUUUCGCAACAGCCUACGCCUCCCAUUUCCAUGGACCCGCACGACGAGCCAUCGGAGCCCUGUGGCAACAGCUCCUCCACUCUGGUUUCCCUGCGAUCUUGUGCGACCCGUCUUCAGACUUGCCCCCCCCGUGCCAAACAGCGGUCUGAAACUAUUGGCAUCGGGAAUGAAGCACAGACUGGUGCUGUGGUACCGCGAACGCCGUUACCGUCGACGAGAUGUAUUCAGAGCAGCCCGGGAGGAGCAGCAGGCUCGAAAAGACAGUUGCCUUCGUCAAGACUUUCAGAAACGUCCAAAAAGAUCAAAGGCUUGGGCAUAGUUCCUAUCGCCAAGACUGAGGUGCCUUCAGAAGUGGGAAAGCUGAUGGUCAAAUUGAUGAACUACGACAAGCUGUGCAGAUUCCCCCCGUGCUCAGCCAUUGAUCCACCAGGCCCCAAGAUGCUCUUACGAGUGGCUGCUGUUCAAGGGGGCCCCGCCAUCCGUCAGUUCUGCUCGCUUGUGUUCAGCAGGAGAUCGUUGGACACGGAGAGCGGCCUUUUGCACGGCAAGGACACCGGCAUUGAGCGUGCCCUGAGGCUUUCCAAGAGUCUUGCGACCCUCACUGGGAGGUCAAACUACAACAGCUUCAUCCUUCGGCUUGUCCAGUAUCACAUCGCCCAAACCGUCGACAACAAUAAGCUGGGCCGGAUCCGGGCCGACCCCGCUCAACUGAAAGAGACCAUGGACAAGUUCGGAUGGUCUCAAGCAGAACGACCGAGGUUCUUCUACCAUCUCAAGCAAGGUCGAUUAUGGCGAUCCAUCUGUGGUCGUUUUGUCGGGCUUUUAUCGCUCAUACCGCUGAGGGCGGAGGAGCCGUACUGCUUAUCAGCAAACGACUACCUCAGCCUCAAGAGCAAUGAGAUGGAAAGGUUCACGCGACUGACGGAAACGCCUUUUGUGGAGCGUAUUUGCCACGCCUGCAGCAUAUUCCAAGACAUGGUCAUGGGGAAUAGGUGUGAUGGGGACUUCAGGUGGGAGAAGGAACAUCCUGAACUCCGUAGUUGGAGCAGUGCCAUAGAUGAGGAUAACCUGCUCUCCCUCCUUCAACCAUUCCCCGGGUGUGAGGAGAACAUCUACGAGCCAAGCCUCCACCCAGGUUGGCCGAAGCCUGCCGGAUGGCUGGCUGACUGGUCAUGGCCUGGGCAUCCUCUGGCUGUGCCGCCGGCAGACCGGCAGUGCGACCUCUGCACCGACACACGAUGCGCGUGUAUCCGCGAGAGAUUGCAAGCGAAGAGCCUUCGCAUCAAGCUCUAUGCGAGGCAAGGCCUCGGUCUACAGGCAACGGAAGCGCAGGAAGGCAACGUAUCUUACCGGAAGGGCGACGUCAUCGGGCAGCUUUGCGGCGAACUUGUCCCCGCCGGCACGUAUCCCACCAACAGCAGCUUCGUGAUAGAGAUGGCCCGGCCCGACAUCAGCGAAGAAACCGCCGUCUGCCAGAUAUACAUGGGAAAUGUUGGCAACAACUUCCGGCUGCUCAAUCACUCCUGUCGGGCGUCCGCCCGGGUCCGAGCACUCCGGGUAUCGGGCCACUGGGUGUCCGCCAUUGAGGCUUCAAGGAGCAUUCGGCAUGGCGAGCAGAUCACGGUCAACUUUGGGAAACGGUUUUUGAGGAAUCAGGGAUUGCGGUGCGAAUGCGAUGCUUGCGGAUCUGUGUAG